CACCCCGCCUGCCCGACUGAGCCUCUCUUUCCCUUGUCUAACAGCGAGCCCGCCUCCUGCAAAAGGGGAAAAAAAAUGUCUUUCACUGUGACCCAGAAGAGCUACCGCAGCACUUCUUCCGCCCCCGUCCGCGGCUUCAGUAGCCGCUCCUACACCCCGGGCCCUGCCAGCAGUUCCCGCAUCAGCACCUCCUAUGCUUCCUCCAGCUACGGGGGGAGCCGCUUCUCAGGGGGCAGCGGCAGCUUCCGCGGGUCCUCCCUGGGGGGCGGCAUGGGGGGCAUCACGGCCGUCAGCGUGAACAAGAGCCUCCUGGCGCCCCUGAACCUCGAGAUCGACCCCACCAUCCAGCAAGUGAGGGCCAAGGAGAAGGAAGAGAUCAAGACCCUCAACAACAAGUUUGCCAACCUGAUCGACAAGGUUCGUUUCCUGGAGCAGCAAAACAAAAUGCUGGAGACCAAAUGGAGCCUCCUGCAGAACCAGAAGACCACCCGCAGCAACAUGGACAGCAUGUUUGAUGCCUACAUCAGUAAUCUGCGCCGGCAACUGGAUGGCUACGGCCAGGAGAGGGCGAAGCUGGAUGCUGAGCUGGCCAACAUGCAAGGGCUUGUGGAAGAAUUCAAGUCCAAGUAUGAGGAAGAAAUCAACCAUCGAACUGAGAAGGAAAACGAGUUUGUCCUCUUGAAAAAGGACGUGGAUGAAGCUUACAUGAACAAGAUUGAGUUGGAAACCCGCCUGGAGUGCCUGACGGACGAGAUCAACUUCUUGAGGCAGCUGUACGAUGAGGAACUGCGUGUGAUGCAGUCUCAGAUCAACGACACCUCGGUCGUCCUGUCCAUGGACAACAACCGCAGCUUAGACCUGGAUGGCAUCAUCGCUGAGGUCAGAGCACAGUAUGAAGAGAUCGCUGCCAGGAGCCGAGCCGAGGCAGAGAGCACGUACCAGACCAAGUAUGAAGAGCUCCAGACCAUGGCAGGCAGGCACGGAGAUGACCUCCGCAACACCAAGAAUGAAAUCAAUGAGCUCAAGAGGAUGAUCACCCGGAUACAGUCUGAAAUUGACGCUCUGAAAGGCCAGCGUGCCAACCUGGAAGCGACCAUUGCCGAGGCUGAGGAGCGCGGGGAGCUUGCCGUCAAGGAUGCCAGCACCAAACUGGCAGAGCUGGAGGGCGCCCUCCAGAGGGCCAAGCAGGACAUGGCCCGGCAACUGCGGGAGUAUCAGGAGCUGAUGAAUGUCAAGCUGGCCUUGGACAUCGAGAUCGCCACCUACAGGAAGCUGCUGGAAGGAGAGGAGAGCAGGCUGGAAUCAGGGAUGCAGAACUUGAGCAUUCAGACCAAAACGACUGGCUACUCCGGUGGCAUUUCAAGUGGCUUCAGUAACUACGGGGGUGGCUACAGCACUUCCUACUCCAGCGGCGGCUAUUCCACAAAUGCGUUCCCCCUGGAGAGUUCGGCCACCACCAAGUCGAAGGCCAUUGUGAUCAAGAAGAUCGAGACCCGGGAUGGGAAGCUGGUGUCGGAGUCCUCCGAUGUGCUGUCCAACUGAGCUGUCAUUGCGUGCGAAGUGAAGAACCCAUCUGAAUGCCUUCUCCCCAAAGUGCCUUCCCUAAUGUAGUGGAGCUGGUGGCCUCUGGGAGAAACGGGAUGGAGGCCAGACAGGAAGUGGGGGGGAGUAACACCUUCCUUCUCUUACCUGACUUUCUCUAAGAUGCCAAUCUCCAAUCUCUCUCUGUCUCUCUCUCUCUCUCCCUGUUCCCCCUAUAGAGAGAAAGUGAUUUGAGCCUUUGUUUCUGAUCCUCCCCAAAACUAGGGGAUGGCCAAAUAUCCAGGGAUUUUUUUUUAAAAUAAGAAACCAGCUGGAACUGUUGUUGUGCCUUUAAUGUAACUUUGCCUGCUGAUUUCUGAGAUGCAGGGAACAGUAGGCAAAGCUCUGCACAAGAGGGAACCGAGCACUGUCAUCUCUGAAUAGUAUCCAGAAAAAUUUACCAGCGAAGCAACAGCAACAAGAACAAGGGGAAAUGCCAGCAUCCUCACCACGAAUGACCCCACAACCCUUCUCAGUAGCAAGCAGGGUGCUUAGGUGACAUGUUCCAGCAUCCCUUAGACCAGGGGUGGCCAAACUUGCUUAACUUAAGAGCCUAAUAGAAUAAAUGUCAGAUGUCCGAGAGACGAAAGACGUGAACAUCAGAUGUUUGAGAGCCACAAGAAGAGAGGGAGGGAGAGGUGGAAAGAAAGCAGCUUUUUCUGAUGACCACCUAACUUUAAAUGCAUUCUCCAAGCUGCCAGCUGGCUUGGCAAAGUGAUUAUAAAAGACAAAUGCCUCCCCAAGCCGGCCGACGGGGCAGUGGAGGCUUCAAGAGCCGCACAAUAUGUGUGAAAGAGCCACAUGUGGCUCCUGAGCCGCAGUUUGGCCACCCCUGCCUUAGACCAAUCCUUGAUCCCCUAUGGUGAAGAAAGCUAACUACUAGGCAAUGGGUUGAGCAAGCUUGACAGUUCCUUCUAGGGAGAGGUAUGGGUGGACUAGUAAUAGCGAUAGUUAGUAAGGCUGCUGUUUAAGGGGCUAUCCCCUCCAGAUCUCACUGGGGGAGUAUGGUUAUGUCAAAGCUUCAGAAUCGCAACUGUGAAAAAACCCCCUUUUUUGUCUGCAAGGAAUAGGUAAGAGAGAGAGCAUAAGGAUCGAAUGCAACAGUGGACAGGGUAAAUGCAUUUUGCAGGGCUGUCCUAAGCAUGCUACUUGGAAGUAAAUCUCACUGUGAACUCCACGGGGCUUCUGCCCUAGAUUUCAGCUUUAGCUGUCCCUCUGCAGAAAACCCUGGUCUCUGUUGCAUCGUUUACCCUUCAUGCUGAGCCCUUUAUCUGUGUUUCGUGUAGACAAAAAGGACUGAGUAUUAAGCAGAACUCGUUCUCUUCUUCUGCAUCCUGGGUGGGGAACUUCGUGCAAAACAAUCUGAUUCCAUCCCCCCUUCUUUUAAACCCCCCAUGGGUUUAAAGCUGUGACUCUUUCUUUUCGGCAUGGGGGAAUGCUGGGCUUUGCCUCUUCACCUUUUUGCACUCUUGGCAGGUAACGGUAAAAAAAGAGAAAAAAUUGGAUUGUGGCACCAAAGGAGUUUUUCAAAAAGCUUUGGAGGCAAUGUUAAAUGCUCAUCUUUUGAGGCACACUCUGGUUUUACUCAGAAGCAAAUCCCACUGCAACCAAAUAGGGUUGACUUCUGUGUAGGAGUGUCCUGGAUUGUAGCCUUGGGGUGCUAAUCUUAAUGAUGGCUCUGCAAAGUCGAAAGUCUCAACAAUCUAACUUCCAAAUAACAGGAACUGUGGAUUAGUUAACUCUUGUGUCUCUCCUUGUUCUGUCUCCUGAAACUGUGCCCACGCAAAUGUUCUCCCCCCCUCUUGACAUGUUGCUCAAUAAAAAACCUGUUUGUUAUGAAA